UACUUCCGCUUCGAACUCUACCACAUUUGCUUGGAGACCACAAAACAGCGAGUGUAGUAACUUCAUUUGAGAAGCGUGUGCAUUUAUUCGCGCUAACAAGCGCCAUGGCGAAGGUACAGGUGCUUAAUGUCGCUGUACUGGACAACCCGAGUCCAUUUGGAAAUCCUUUUCAGUUUGAAAUCACGUUUGAGUGUAUGGAAGAUUUACCCGAAGAUUUGGAAUGGAAGAUAAUCUACGUCGGCUCAGCUGAGAGUGAGGAAUACGACCAGGUCUUGGACUCUGUUUUGGUGGGCCCUGUACCAGCUGGAAGACACAUGUUUGUGUUUCAGGCGGAUGCUCCAAAAACGAGUCUCAUUCCAGAGAGCGAUGCUGUAGGAGUGACUGUCGUCCUCAUAACAUGCACAUACUCUGGUCAGGAGUUCAUCCGAAUUGGUUAUUAUGUCAAUAAUGAAUACACUGACCCAGAACUACGAGAAAACCCACCUCUGAAACCUGACUACUCCAAGCUCCAAAGGAACAUUUUGGCUUCCAACCCACGAGUGACUCGCUUUCAUAUUAACUGGGACGGACUGGCUGAAAAGAUGGAGAACAUCGAGAACGUGGACCCGUCACCCAACAUCGGUGGCAUGCUGCCGCCGGCUUACAUACCGGGGAAGGCGCCACCUUUUGGACUAAUACCUGACAAUUCCAUGGACUGCAUGUAAGGAAUGGUUACAUUUGUACUUCGUCCAAGCACUUCUCACUUGUUUACAUGCCAAUACAGCAUUGCUACGGGGGAAAAAUGACAUGGUGGUCGAACACAAACAUGACUGAUCAUGAGUGAUCUACAGGUAUAUACUGUAUAAUAUUUGGUGUAUUUUCAGUUUCAUUGCUGAGGUGAUAAGAAUGAAUGUCAUCGGCUACCGUUUCAGGCCUUUGAUUAAACGUCUUCAUAUUUGUGUACACUGACUGUUUGCGAUAUCAGUUUUGCUUAGAGAAGGUGACUCGUGCCAUUUUUCUGAAGGAAUAUCAUAAAUGCAAUUGGGAAAAAAACUACAAUAUUAAAAACCAUUGUCAGGGUCACGUGCCUUCUUUAUGUAUGCAUUAUUUAACCUUACCUCAGUCUAAGAAGCAAAAUUGAAGAACCAAUGAUUCUACAGUUUUCUAAUGACUUGAAAAUCAGGUUUCUCACUGCGUUACACUAAUGCAUGUCCAUAGAGAUCACCAAUUAUUCCGAGCCGCAGUCAACUUUGUAAAUACUGCUUUCCUUAAACAUUUUUGAAUAUUUUUAGGACAUUUAUGUAAUAGUAUAAGAGGAUAUGUAAUAACAAGAUAAAUAAAGGUUGUUGUUGUUUCGUUA